ACCCCGUCCACAAGAGCCAUCCCCUAUAGACAGACACCUCUCCUGCCCUGGAGAGAGCAGCCUCCCCUAUAGGAUUGAUAGACACUCCCCAUCUGCCCCCUAUAGGCACAGCCCCCUCCAGUGCCCCCAGGAUGAAUUACCUGCGGAGACGCCUCUCAGACAGCAACUUCAUGGCCAACCUGCCCAACGGCUACAUGACAGAUCUGCAGCGGCCUCAGCCCCCUCCGGCGCCCCCCGGCGCCCCCUCACCCGUCCCCUCCCCGGGCAGCGUCUCCCCGGCUGCCCCCAGCCCUGGGGCCGGCGGCGGGGGAGGUGGGUUCUUUUCGUCCCUGUCCAACGCGGUGAAGCAGACGACAGCGGCCGCGGCGGCCACCUUCAGUGAGCAGGUGGGGGGCAGCAGCACGGGGGGCGCGGGGCGCAGCCGGACGCUGCUGGUCAUCGACGAGCCUGGCACCGACUGGGCUAAAUUAUUCAAGGGCAAGAAGCUCCAUGGUGACGUGGAGGUUCGGGUGGAGCAGGCCGAGUUCUCGGAGCUGAAUCUAGUGGCUCAAGCCAACGGGGCCUUUUCGGUGGAUCUCGAGGUUCUGCGCAAUGGGAUGAAGGUGGUGAGGACGGUGCACCCCGAUUUCGUGCUGGUCCGGCAGCAUGCCUACAGCAUGGCCCCGGGGGGUGACCACCGGGGCCUGGUGAUCGGGCUGCAGUACGCCGGGGUGCCCAGCGUCAAUUCCCUGCACUCCAUCUACAACUUCUGCGACAAGCCCUGGGUGUUUGCCCAGUUGGUGCGGCUGCGCCGGAAGCUGGGGGCCGAGGAAUUCCCCCUCAUCGAGCAAACAUUCUACCCCAACCACCGGGAGAUGCUGACGUCCCCCAGGUACCCCGUGGUGGUGAAGAUGGGCCACGCCCACUCUGGGAUGGGCAAGGUGAAGGUGGAGAACCAGUACGACUUCCAGGACAUCGCCAGCGUGGUGGCCCUGACGCGGACGUACGCCACGGCCGAGCCCUUCGUCGACGCCAAGUACGACCUGCGCGUCCAGAAAAUCGGCACCAGCUACAAGGCUUAUAUGAGAACCUCGGUCUCGGGGAACUGGAAAACGAACACGGGCUCGGCCAUGCUGGAGCAAAUCGCCAUGUCCGACAGGUACCGGCUGUGGGUCGACACCUGCUCGGAGAUUUUCGGGGGGCUGGACAUCUGCGCGGUGGAGGCCCUGCAUGGCAAGGACGGGCGCGACCACAUCAUUGAGGUCGUCGGCUCCUCCAUGCCACUGAUCGGGGACCAGCAGGAUGAAGACAAGCAGCUGAUUGUGGAGCUGGUCCUGGGGCGCAUGGCGCAGGCUCUGCCCCGAACCCCCACCCCCUCCCCGGUGCGAGGGAGUCCGGCCCAGGUGCAGGGAGCCCCGGCUGGGCAGAGACAAGGACCCACGGCGCAGCAACGGCCCCCCCCGCAGGGGGGAUCGCAGCCACCGGCCCCACACCCCCAGCGCCCCCCAUCCCAGCAGCGACCCCCCCCACAGGGGCAGCAGCUCUCCGGCCUCGCUCCCCAGCCCGGCACCUCCCCCCUGCAGCAGCGCUUGCCCAGCCCCACCGGCCCCCAGCAGCGCCCCAUGGGCCCCCCUCAGCAGCGCCAGCCGGGCCCUGGCCUCCCACAAGGCCCUCGAGCCCCCCAGCCCGGCGGGGGAGCCCCCUCAGCCCCCCAGCCCCAGCGGGGACCCAGCUCCGGGGCUGGGGGUCAGUCCCCCCAGUCGCAGGCGAAGUCUGGGGGGGCCUCUCCCCAGCCUCAGCAGCCCCCCCAGCAGCGCCCCCCGGGGGCCCAGCAGCGAGUGCCGCCCCGGCAGAGCAGCCAGGGGGCGCCCUCCAGCCAGCGAGGCCCCCCUCAACCUCGUCCGGCGCCCCCCACCACCCAGCAGCCACGGCCCGGCACCCAGGGGGGCAGCCGGCCCCCCCCAGCACACGGGAAACCCCAAGUGGCUCAGAAACCCACCCCGGAGCUGCCGGUGCCCCAGCCCCAGAUGAACAAGUCCCAGUCUCUGACCAGUUCCUUCCCCCUCGCAGAGCCGGCGCGGGGCAGCGCUAGCCCGGAGGAGGCCCGGGCCGAGACCAUCCGGUCGCUGCGCCAGAGCUUCGCCAGCCUCUUCUCCGAGUGA